AUGUCGUCGAAUGGCACGAGAGAGAACCAAACCCCCAAUCGUCCCAUUGGCCAUAGGCCUAGGGGCGACGACAUCAUCGGCGACAUCUUGCGUGCUAUUGGGAGUGAAGCGGCAGGCAUGCCAGACACGAGUUCUACCAUCAACACCAGCAACUCCGUCCCUGUCGAUCCCACGUCUAACCUUCAAGAUCCAGAGAUUCUAGAGCAAGCUCCGAGAGAUAGCGGACUUCAGACUUCCUCAUCCGACCUCACCACCCUUCCCGACCCAACAUUCUUCGAAGGAAAUUCAACAUUCCACGAGAUCGCACAAGAUGCCGAACUCAUUGCUCGACGCGCUCUCGAGGCGAGUGGCUAUGUUGGUCUACAUGGUAAUGGUAGUCCUGUUCAACCUGACCAGACUUGUCUAUCUGGCGAUCGUCGCGAUUCAAAUCUGGAUACUGUUGGACAUCGAGGAGGGCGAGCUGAUUCUAGAGGACCUCGUUCAUUAUAUCCUGAGGUGGGAGUUUCUGGGUACGAUGACCGUGGUGUCAACCCGAGCGGUGGCCCAGAUAUGGCUCAACGCGGUCUUCAUAAUAUGGGCUCUGAUCAUGAGGUUGUGCCAUCCGAUGUUUCGAUCAUGGAGUCAAAUCGUCAACAUCUUCUUGGAUUGCUUGAUCCUCGAAACAGUUUUCAUGAUGCUGCAGCCUCUGAUCAUCUACAUCCUGGCUCGUCCGGAAGAAGUGGCAGGAAUGGAACCACCGAGACAUUGGGCCUUUAUGGAUCAGGAAAUGGAACAACCCAGACAUCAGGACGAGACGGAUCUGGAAGUGGAACAACCAACAGACCAGGCUUCUAUGGAUUUGGAAGUGGAACAACUCAUACACCGAGUAUUCAUGGAUCCGGAACUGGACCAAAUUGUACAUCAGGCCUUUAUGGAAGAACGACAAGCGCGACAAGCAACACAUCAGGAACCUAUGGAUCAGGAACAAGUGGAACAACCAACACACCAAGAUCCUAUGGAUCAAAUGGAAUGAUGCCAGCUGCUUCAUACACUGGACACCGUCUGGACUACCAAGCACCUCCAAGUUAUCACUUUGUUUCCGACCCAGUUGACCUUUCUGCAAUUGACCCGGGCCUGGCACUCGUGGCUGCUUACAAUCGAUCAAACAACCCUGAUGAAGACUAUUCUCAUUUGUACGUCGAUAUCCCUGCACCUGAAGGAAGUGCGUUGAACAAUACCUUUAUGAACAAUCAAGAAGACGAACAACCACAACGACUUGCACCCACUUCCAAUUCCAUUUCCAAUUCCACUUCCACUUCCACUUCCAAUUCCAAUUCCCGCAGCCAGGCUCGUCCAAGAGCUACUAGACGUAAGCGCAAGACAGCUUCAGAUGACAACAGUGAAGCACAACAACAAGACACACACCCAACUCCUGCACCGCGUUCACGCGCUCGCGCUCGCCCUAGCGCUCCUGAUUCUACUGCUGCUGCUUCUUCUUCAGCUCGUCCUCGCGCUCGCGCACCUCGUUCUAGUGCUGCUUCAACUUCAACUCCAAUGGUAUUCAAUGCUUCAAAUGACCCCAUCCUCAACAAUGUCGGAUAUACCAAUGCCAAUGGUGGCUCUGCCCCUGUGUCUGCCCCGGCCUAUGCGCCCGCGCCCGCGCCCGCCGUCCCGGCUCCCGCACCCAACGGAGCGCCAAGUCUCACGGCGUCCCUCAACGACUCAGACAUCCCGUCGACGCACCGACGGCGGCAACCAUCGGUGGUGGACGCCAUGGACCCGUACACGUGCCACCUGUGCUACCACACGUGCCUUCGGGCGUCGACGAUCCGGGAGCACUACCUCCAAAAGCACCCAGAGCUACGGCUGACCAAAAACAAUCUCCACGAGUACGAGCCCGCCCGCCUGGCCAACAUCAGGCCCCUGAGCUACUACAGGGGCCUCGGGCUCGACACCACCUACACGGGCGUUGACCGCAAACAGGUCAACGCCCGUCGUAGGAUGGACCUGGGGCUCCGGACGACGGACCCCAACUACCUCAGGGAUGUCUACAAGGACACCACCUCGGAGAGAACGCGGGCGCAACGGCUUGCCGCCAAGGAGGACGGAGAAGACAAGAGGAAGAGGAGGAAGAAGAACGAGAAGAAGGAGGAGAAGGAGUGA